UCUGUCCUCCUCCUCCUCCUCCUCCUUCGUCUCAUUUCUGUCCGUCACUUUCUGUUUUUGUCUGUGCUUCAGCUUUCUUGUUUUCCCGUGUGUCAUUUCUACUUUUUCUUUAUUCCUGUUACGGUGUUUCUUCUUCUGUCGAUUUUUUGUGGCUAGACUGUGUCGUUGUGUCUCUCCUUCACUUCUGGUUUCCGCUGACAACACUGCAGGCUAUUUUUUACUUUGUUACAACUCCAUGCCCUCUAUUUUUUUCUGUGCCAUUGCUUUAAUAUUGUAUUGUCCCGUCCUCUGUGCUUUUUCUCUCCUCAACUCCUCAACUCCUCAUGGUCUAGUUUUUCUGCUGCUGCUUCACCUGCCUUCAUUUUCCCACAACCUCCCUCCAUCCUUCAUUCUCUUCCACUCACGCUCUUCUCGUCUCCUGAGUAGCUUUGCACUCCUGCGUAAUGGGAAAGACAGAGCUGUGCUCUCUCUAUAGGGGUUUUCUGGACUGUAUUUGCCUCUGUCUCUCUCGGAGCAGCGACGAGGCUGCCGACGACAAUGAAAGGGACACUGAGAACGGUCACCUGAUCUACAAAAGUGGGGACCUCCUUGAAGACAGAUACGAGAUAGUCGACACUUUAGGUGAGGGAACUUUUGGGAAGGUGGUACAAUGUUUGGACCACAGCAGAGGAGGAAAUCAAAUUGCUCUGAAGAUCAUUAAGAACUUGGAUAAAUACAGAGAAGCAGCCAAACUGGAAAUCAAUGUGCUGGAGAAGAUCAGCGAGAGAGACCCAGACAACAAACAUCACUGUGUGCAGAUGCUGGACUGGUUUAACUACUAUGGCCACGUGUGCAUCUCUUUUGAGCUGCUGUCUCUCAGCACCUUUGACUUCUUGAAAGCAAACAACUUCCUGCCUUAUCCCAUUAACCAGAUCCGACACAUGGCCCACCAGAUCUGCCACGCUGUCAGCUUUCUCCAUGACAACAAGCUGACUCACACCGACCUGAAGCCUGAGAACAUCCUCUUUGUCAACUCAGACUUCUCCCUAAUAUACAACGCUGAGAAGAAGUGCAACGAGAGGAGAGUAAAUGACACCACAGUGCGACUUGUUGACUUUGGCAGUGCCACCUUUGACCACGAACACCACUCUACUGUCAUUUCUACACGUCACUACCGAGCUCCAGAGGUCAUACUGGAGUUGGGUUGGAGUCACCCUUGCGAUGUGUGGAGUAUUGGCUGCAUCCUGUUUGAAUACUACGAAGGCUUUACACUGUACCAGACUCAUGACAACAAGGAGCAUCUUGCUAUGAUGGAGAGAGUUCAGGGACCAAUUCCUCAGAGAAUGAUCCAAAGGAGCAGAAAGCAGAAGUAUUUCCACCGUGGGCGUCUCGACUGGAGCGAGUGCUCUAAGGCCGGACGCUACGUGAAAACCAAAUGCAAACCAUUAAGGAAGUACUUGUUAUCACAUGGAACAGAGCACCACCAGUUUUUUGGUCUCUUGGAAAGGAUGCUGGAGUACGAGCCCUCAAUACGUAUCUCUCUUUCCUCUGCUCUGUGUCACCCCUUCUUCCUGCCCGUCCAUCAUCCAGGAAGAAGUCACAUCUGGAGGAACAGCUGUGAUAUGAGCAGAUGACCCUGAAUAGCCACUUCAAGUGGGGACCAUACCAGUGUUUUUGUUUCUCAGCUACGUAUGCUGUACUUCUCAUUUCAAUCAGGAGAGACUAAUUGAAAGAUGGCCUUAAAGGUGCUCCUAAAUGUUACACAGUGGACCUUUAAAGAAUUAUUAAAAAUACAAAUAUUUGAUAUAGUAUGCACAGUAGGAAAAGUGGAAGAUAUACUGUAUGUGAGGAGUCUUUGGCAAUUAGACCCCACUGUGGUGUCAUAAAUUUAUUGGGGUUAUCAUGCUAUGGUGGAGUUCAGAUCCUUGUGGUGGUGAAAGAGUGAAGAACAAUAGCUGGAGAUGUGAGUGGAUGUGAUCUGGAGCAGGAUUCCUAAUGAGCUCAGAGGAAGGACCCACUGGACAGGUGGCUGUGAAGACACCAGAGGUGACUGUCGGGUUGAGGUGUGUCAUGUCAGUCAGACACUGACAGCUGACAGCAGCAGAGAAAGGAGGAUUUGUUUGACACCAACAAGAUGAUUGGGUUACGGAGGUAACUGAGGUCAGCUGAUUGAGUUGUAAGAGUAAGGCAGGUCAAGGCAAUUAUUUUCACAGGAUGUAAUUUCAUAAGCAGUUAUGUGAUUAUUUGGCCAUUUUGGAAACAAGCUGUGAACACAAUUCUGAUAUUCAAUUCAAUUCAGUUGUAUUUGUAUAGCACCAAAUCAUUACAGACUCUCAGGACACAUCAUGUCUUGUAUUUAAAUUGAAAAUUUACACACUCAGUUGAUACAGAGAAAAAAAAUUUCAUUCAUUUGGCCACCUAGUGAAUUUAAGUUCAACAUUAACUCUCUUUUAACGCUGGUUUUGUCUCCACCAACUCCUAAGGGAAAUAUUUGGCUCUCUAGAUACUAAAUUCUUCGUUAUUGUCACCGUCUGUUGUUUGUUGCACACAGUAGGUUUGUAGAGAUUAUUUGUUCUAAAAACAGCUGCCCGGCCUGGUUGAAAACAAUGCUGAUAACAGUGAUGAGACUUAACCACAACCAAGCCCCCGCAAGGAAUUUUGUGUUGAUUCUGGCGGCCCCUGUGGACAAAUGUGGUAGUAUUUGGUAGACCAAAUUUGACCCGGUGGCAGGCAUUAAGAGUAACCAUAUAGAAAUAGCCAAUCCUCUUGCUGAUGGUCCUGUUUGUUUAUGUAGGUAAUAUAGAGGCAUCAGUAUUAAAUGGACACAAACAUGCAAAACCCCUGGGUAUUGUCAUUUAAACACUGAUUCUCACAUGCAAGAUCAGCUUCAACAAGUUUCAAAAAAAGAACUGUACCUCUAAAAUUUAGAGGAUAGAUACAAAAGCUAAGUUAUACAAUCAUUUAAAAAAUAUAUUUUUAGUUUUAUUCUCUCAGUCACUUUUGUAAUAAUUUUUGUAUGGAAAGACUUCUUUAGUUGUUGAAUAAAUUCAGUUCUCGUUCUCGUG